UUGUUGAAGUGGAACAUUCUCAAUUUCAAGUACAAAGUGCUCUCAUUUGAGAAAACAAUUCUCCUCCGACUGCUCCUGCGGAUGCCUGCGCAGCGCACAUGUAGCUCGUGUUCAUCUCUCCUGGCUCGUUCAGUUCAGCAACCUACGGCACGCAUCAGCGCCAUGGUUGGGCCGGACUGGGCCGCAGGAUAAGGCACAGCUGGGGUGGGGAGAGAGAGAGAGAGAGAGAGAGAGAGAGAGAGAGAGAGAGAGAGAGAGAAGAGAGCCAAGCCGUAGACGUAGCACGCUACGGAUUUGGCGGUGACGAAACAACUCAGAUAUAAGAGUUUUUCGAGAGGGAUUACAGAGAAGAGUUUCAGAAACAAGAGGAGAUUAGAAAAGAGGCGAACUCUAGGGGCGAAAGAGAGAAGAGGCGGGGAGCUGAGCACAGGAAGAUCAAUCGAUUCGGUCGGCCUCCCCCGCCGAGAAGCUCGGAUCCGGCGGUUUACAUGCACGCACUCUUCGAUUGUGAAUCAAUCGAUCCAUAAGCAAGUUAGAGGGGAGGCAUCCAAUCCACCAGCCGUCGCAAUUGCAGAUCAUCGGUAGGUGCCCCGGCCAGCAACAAAGGAAGAAAUAUGCCUAAGCGGCAGGGGCAGGAGUCCCAAAACCAGCGCCGCGGUGGCGAUUUGGACGGCAAAAGGUCACGACCAGCCCGGCGGCGGAAGCACCUCUAUCUGAUUUUGGAUGACUGGGAGAAGGGGUUCAGCGUCCACAAGAUCGACACCGACGAUUUCGACUCGGACUCCGACGACGACCCGGACGCCGGCGCUGCCGUUGCAGGGCACCUCCCGGACCCUCCGGCGCUGCGGCUGGCGUCACCAGGGGACGCUGACAUGCUCUUCGCCGCCGCUGGCAGCAAGAUCUUCAUCGUUACUGAUGCACGCUAUGGACAGACCCCUGCCCUCGUCUACGACGCCGAGACAGCAGGACUGGCUAUCGGCCCUGCCGUUCCUGCGCAGCUGCAAUGUGGCUUCAGCAUCAUCGUGUCUGCCCGUGAAAUGAUCUAUGCAUUUUCACCUCCGACCUGCAACAAACAGCACUCCUUUGAUGCGAUGUCAUGCGCACCCAUCGGCAGGCAUGAUCCAGACGAGCAGGGCUGGUCCUGGAGGAGCCUGCCGGCACCGCCGCCGCCGUUCGACGCCUACGACAUCAUUACCUCCUAUGCCGUGCACUCGGACGGCCUCACCAUCUUCAUUACCACAUCCUACCGCGAUCGCCCGGGCCUCCAGAAGAGGACCUGCUCCUUCAACACCAAGUACCGUGUGUGGAGGUGGCACCCCUGGGUUCUGCCUUUCGAAGACCAAGGUUACUGUAACACCUGUCCGGAUACUCCGGCCGUAGGCCCGAAUACUCCGGACAUGGAGUUCUUAGUUCAUAUAAUUUUUGUCCACGGGGCCCACAAUCAUUUAAAUAGAAAACAUAACUCUCUCUCUCCCUCACUUUCACUCUCUCCCGUUACCUCUCUCUCCCUCACUUCCCUCACAAGCUCUCCCUCUCCCCCAAAUCCCAAACUCCAAAUCCCCCACCCCGAAUCAAUCUCAAGACCAAGGAGACUUCGAAUCCGCGUGGAGGGCCAUCUUCCCCGCGAGCUCCUCCCAAGGGUGCCUUGGAUUUCAAGUUCUUCGCGCACGAAAAGCUCAUCCUAGGUAUUCAAACUUGUGCCGUCCCGAUCUAUGUUUCUAGGAGGUUCUAAGUGAUUUCUUUUGGUCAAUCAACUCUAUAUGCACCCCUCAACUAGGAUCUAAAAGGGUUUUGAUUUUGGUGGGUUGGUUUUGUCAAAAAUCAAGAUUUCAGUUUUUUGGGCGAAAAUGCUGUCGGGUCCGGAGACUCCGGGUAUAAACCCGGAUACUCAGGGUUUUGGAACACUCCGGGCGAAACUCUGGGUAUAAGCCCGGAUACUCCAGGUUUGGGACACUCCGGGGGAAACUCCGGGUAUAGGCCGGAAACUCCGGACUUGGGGGUCCGGAUACUCCGGAUUUUUGGGAAAUAUUUUGGGCCUGGGAGUGCAAUUUUUGUGUAAAUUACUAGUAGUCGUAUCUAGUCAUUGGCUAUUUUAAGAUUUCAACCCAUGCAUGCAUUCUCAUAUCAUUUGCAUACGUGUAGACGCCGCCUUCGAGGGAGCCGUGUACGAGGUGAUCGCCGAGCCACAGGAGCAGCAGGGGCAAGUUCAGCAGGAAGAACGGCGUGAGCACCCGGCCCAAGGCCCAGCUGAGCCCAGUGUCGAGCAGCAGCCCGAAGGCAAGCCCCGGUGCACAUCCUAUUAUGUUAAAUUAUGACACAUAUAUACGUAACUAUUACCUGUGCAUUAGGUUUAGGAAAUUGUUUGGAAACCUAGUUGCAUGAUCCCUAGGAUUCCCGGAGUUAUACUAGUAUGUAUAGGACGAUAGAAGUGCUAUGCUUAAUGGGUUUUCGGUAGAAGACGAGUGAUAACUCGCGAGAUAUAGGAUGUUUAGAAGGCGAGUAAUCUCCGGAUUACUCGCGAAAGUUGAGAUAUAAUUAUAUUCCAGUACAUGGGAUGUUGAUUUCGAGAUGGAUAAAAUGGAGAAUAUAGACCGGACGGGGAAAGAUGAGGAUGUUUAGGUAUGGCAGCAGGACAGGGUUCUUGGUUGUCUUAGCCCUGUCUGUGUCGAUUAAGGACCGGUCGUUGUGGUAGUGCUGAUCGGGGAUUGAAUUGUAUUAACCGCAUGCCGGGAGUAGGAGGUAGUCGAAACCGGUAAGCCUAGUACUGCCUCGCUUCGAAAGUACAGAACUUCAUCACCACCCUUAGGGCGAGUCGAGUAGUCGCGGAGAAACGGGAUGCAUAUGUUUACUUUUGGUGGUCUCUCGUUGAGCUCGGCUGACUAUAUGUAGGUGGGGCGGUUCUGUAGUUCGAGGCGGGGAGGGGAAGGGUUGGUGCGUGUGGUCCAACGGGGCUUACUCGUGCCGUGUUGGUUAGGUCCACCUUGCAAGGUUAAAUCGGAUCGAUUCGCCGUGUCUCGCGGUUAUGAGGGCCUCGAUCUCUUUGUCGCCUCGUAGAAAUGAAUUAGAGAUGUUAGUGAUAAAUAAUGGAACUACUUUGUAUUAUUAUUGCAAUGCUCCAACAUGAUUGUUGUAGAUAGGCCAACAUUAGAUGAGAGUCUGUAUAAAACAUGCGGUUAAACCAUUGAAAGUAAGGAUCCAACUAUAGAUGCUUUUCUGCAAAAACAACUCACCUGCCAGAAAGUCGUGCAUGUCUAGAUAUGUGGGCUAAGUUAUACCCACUGGUCGGGUAAGUCUUGCUGAGUAUUAGUUGCUCAGGGCUUUGUUGGAAAAAUGAUUUCAGGACCCGCACAUGUAGACUUCUGUCCGUGUUGCGCCAAGUUUGUUCGACUGGACGCGGAUGGGUGGAACGUCGAGGACUCAGGCGCGUAGCUUUGGAGUGUAUGGGAUUGCACACUCGUGGGCUGAGUGUGUAAUUUCAUUUCCAUUCUUAUGUGCUGUAGUUGGCAGAUUCCAUGUUCAUAAAACUUUGUAUAAAGGGCAGUCACACUUGUAUAUUAUUAUGUAUUUCGAACUCGGUUUGUAAACUAAAUGUUUCAUAA